AUGUGGGAAGGCUUAAACUGCAGAAUCACGGAUAAGUCUACACCACCAAGAAUCACUUAUUUAAACUUGUCUUCGAGUGGUCUAACUGGAACCAUUGCGGAUUACAUUCAGAAUCUCACACAACUAGAAACUCUGGACUUGUCUAAUAAUAAUUUGACUGGAGAAGUGCCAGAGUUUCUAGGCAACAUGAAAUCGUUGGUGUUCAUAAACUUAAGCAGGAACGAUCUUAGUGGUUUGAUUCCUCAGGCUCUUCUGAGGAAAGGACUUCCUCAAGGGAACCCAAGACUUUGUCUCUCUGAUUCAUGCAUACCUCCCAAAUCCAAGCCAUUUCCAGUGGCAAUUGUGGCAUCACUUGCGUCUGUGGCCAUUAUCCUUGUUGUUUUGGUACUUGCUUUUGUUUUAAAGAAGAAAACGCGGUCAAUUUUAGGAGCUCUACAACGGCCACCUUCUAUAUCGUCAGCUGUGAACGUCACAAAUGCUAAUCCACCAGUUUCACCAAUCCAAAUGAAUAAGAAAAGGUUUACUUAUUCAGAGGUCAUUAAUAUGACAAAUAACUUUCAAAGAGUUGUUGGGGAAGGAGGAUUCGGUAUUGUCUAUCACGGUACUCUAAAUGUGUAUGAACAAGUAGCUGUUAAACUGCUUUCCCAAUCAUCGACACAAGGCUAUAAGCAAUUCAAGGCAGAAGUUGAUCUUCUUAUGAGAGUUCACCAUACAAAUUUGGUAAACUUAGUAGGAUACUGUAAUGAAGGAGAUCACUUGGCUCUAAUACACGAGUAUGUGCCCAAUGGAGACUUAAGACACCAUCUGUCUGGGAAAGGAGGUAGAUCCAUUAUCAACUGGGGUAUUCGACUACGAAUAGCCUUGGAGGCUGCGUCAGGUUUGGAGUACUUACACAUUGGGUGCAUACCAGCAAUGGUUCAUAGAGAUGUAAAAACUACGAACAUAUUGUUGGAGGAGCAGUUCAAGGCUAGACUUGCUGAUUUUGGGCUAUCGAGAUCUUUCCCAGUUGGAGGUGAGUCUCAUGUUUCGACGAUGAUUGCUGGCACUCCUGGAUAUCUUGAUCCCGAAUAUUACCGUACAAGUCGGUUGACCGAGAAGAGCGAUGUGUACAGUUUCGGGAUUGUGUUAUUGGAGAUGAUCACAAACCAACCCGACUACAUGGAUCCAAACCUUCAAGGAGACUAUGACUCUCACUCUGCCUGGAGAGUUCUUGAUUUGGCAAUGUCAUGUGCAAAUCCUUCUUCCACAAAACGUCCAAGCAUGUCUCAGGUUGUUGUCGAACUAAAGGAGUGUCUUGCGUCUGAAAACUCGAGGAGAAAUAUGAAGAGAGGCAGGAUGGACUCUCAUGGUCAGGCUAAAGUGAGCAUGCUCAUUGACACUGGGAUAUUUCCUGAGGCGAGAUAG